AAAAAAAAAAAAAAAAAAAAAAGAAAAGAAAAAAAAACUGAUUUGGGGAAAGGAUAUUUGCUUUCGCCCCGCUGCUGUCUUGGAAACGAGAGGGGGAGAGUAAGAGAGAGAGACAGGGAGAGAGGGAAGAAAGAAAGAAAAAAGAAGGAAGGAAGGAGGGAGAGUUGAUUUUUUUUUUCUUCUAUUUUUUUUUUCUCCUUUUUUAAUGCUGAGUUACCGUAUCGCUUCGCUGAGAUCCAGCAAGCCGAAGAUUUUACUCGAUUGCUUCCAUUGCUGGAGACGCUAAGGGAUUUUUGCCUUUUUUUGGGGGUGAGGGGGGGGAACUUCGUGUUUCUUUCUUUUCACACUGGCCUUAAAGAGGAUAUAUUAGAAGUUGAAGUAGGAAGGGAGCAAGCAGGCCGAUGGCGCAAAGGUACGACGAGCUGCCCCACUACGGCGGCAUGGAAGGGGUGGGCAUCCCCACCACCAUGUACGGGGACCCCCACGGCGCCCGCCCCAUGCAGCCCGUCCACCACCUGAACCACGGGCCGCCGCUGCACUCGCACCAGUACCCGCACGCCGCCCACGCCAACGCCAUGCCCCCAGCCAUGGGCGCCUCGGUCAACGACGCCCUCAAGAGAGAUAAAGAUGCCAUCUACGGACACCCCCUGUUCCCUCUUUUAGCACUGAUUUUUGAGAAAUGUGAAUUAGCUACAUGCACACCCAGGGAGCCCGGGGUAGCGGGAGGCGAUGUUUGCUCCUCUGAGUCUUUCAAUGAAGACAUAGCAGUGUUCGCCAAACAGAUCCGAGCAGAGAAACCCCUCUUUUCCUCUAAUCCUGAACUGGAUAACUUGAUGAUUCAAGCCAUACAAGUAUUAAGGUUUCAUCUGUUGGAAUUAGAGAAGGUACACGAAUUAUGUGACAAUUUCUGCCACCGGUAUAUUAGCUGUUUGAAAGGAAAAAUGCCUAUCGAUUUGGUCAUAGACGAUAGAGAGGGCGGAUCAAAAUCGGACAGUGAAGACAUAACAAGAUCAGCAAAUCUAACGGAUCAGCCCUCCUGGAACAGAGACCACGAUGACACGGCAUCAACGCGCUCCGGGGGAACCCCCGGACCCUCCAGUGGAGGACACACAUCACACAGUGGGGACAACAGCAGUGAGCAAGGUGACGGCUUGGACAACAGUGUAGCUUCCCCCAGCACAGGUGAUGAUGAUGAUCCAGAUAAGGACAAAAAGCGACAUAAAAAGCGUGGCAUCUUUCCCAAAGUAGCCACAAAUAUCAUGAGGGCAUGGCUGUUCCAGCAUCUAACACACCCUUACCCUUCAGAAGAGCAGAAAAAGCAGUUGGCACAAGACACAGGUCUCACUAUACUUCAAGUGAACAAUUGGUUUAUUAAUGCUAGAAGAAGAAUAGUUCAGCCCAUGAUAGACCAGUCCAAUCGAGCAGUUAGUCAAGGAACACCCUAUAACCCCGAUGGGCAGCCAAUGGGAGGUUUCGUGAUGGACGGCCAGCAGCACAUGGGCAUCCGAGCACCAGGACCUAUGAGUGGAAUGGGCAUGAAUAUGGGCAUGGAGGGGCAGUGGCACUACAUGUAACCUUCACCUAGGUAACCAAUGGCAAAGCCAGGGGGAAGGCUGCAAAGUAUGCCAGGGGAUUAUGUGUCUCGGGGUAGUCCAAUGGGUAUGAAUAUGGGACAGCCAAGCUAUACGCCGCCCCAGAUGCCCCCCCAUCCUGCUCAGCUGCGUCAUGGCCCCCCCAUGCAUACC